AAAAAAGAGAGAAAAUAUUAUUACCCCAUCUUCCAAUAUUGUUUCCUUUCUCUCUAACAAACAAAAUUUUCAUAUUUUCCCAUUUUUCAUUUCCAAAAGGUUUUUUUUUUUCCCUCUUUCAUGACUAUUUCUUGAAUGAAAUAGCUAAAGAGCUAGAUAAAGGGGGGAUUUUUUUAUAUAUUUUUUUUGUUUUGGGAAUUUUGUUAUUUGGGUUUGAAGUUUGGAUUGAAAUGGGGAGAGGGAGAGUGCAAUUGAAGAGAAUAGAGAACAAAAUUAUUAGACAAGUGACUUUCUCUAAAAGAAGGUCAGGUUUAUUGAAGAAAGCUCAUGAAAUUUCAGUUCUUUGUGAUGCUGAAGUUGCUCUUAUUGUUUUCUCCACCAAGGGGAAGCUCUUUGAAUACUCAACUGAUUCUUGUGAAAUGAAUAUGAGUCAGAAUUUGAAUUUUCAUUUCAGCAUGGAGAAAAUUCUUGAGCGUUAUGAAAGGUACUCAUAUGCAGAGAGGAGACUUGUUGCAAAUGAUAGCCAACCAAAUGGAAAUUGGACACUUGAACAUGCAAAGCUUAAAGCCAGAAUAGAGGUUUUACAGAAAAACCACAGGCAUUUCAUGGGGGAAGAUCUCGACUCAUUGAGUCUAAAAGAGCUCCAAAAUAUUGAGCAACAACUUGAUUCUGCACUCAAGCAUAUAAGAGCUAGGAAGAACCAACUCAUGCAUGAAUCCAUUACAGAGCUAAAGAAAAAGGGCAAAGUACUACAAGAGCAUAAUAACAUCUUAGGCAAAAAGAUAAAGGAGAAGGAGAAAUCACGAGCUCACAAUCCACAAAUGGAGCAGCAGCAGCACCAGAAUAGUAAUGUCAUUGAAUCUUCUCCACUUCUUCUACCUCAGCCAUUUCAAUCUCUUAGCAUGAGUUGUCCUUAUCCAACCCACGGCCUCGAAGAGAACGAGUCCGCUCCCAAUCACGAAAGAUCCGAUACCCUCCUUCCGCCGUGGAUGCUCCGCCACCACCUUGGUGACUAAAGUAAUACAUAUAUACAAUACAGGACUUAUAAUAAUUGUAAGGCUUGUUAUAUAUAUAUAACAAUAAUAUAGUAGUUGUAGUAGUAACAGUAUCCUGAAAUAUGAUUCUUUAGGUGUAUGAACAACCCUGUUGGAUAAUGGAUAUAUAUUGGGAUUGGAUCCUUUGUGAAAACUUGUACUGUAGCUUUUAGUAAAUGUAGUUAAGGAAAUUAAAAGGGUACACCAUGGGAAAAGAGAAAAGCUAGCAUGCAGCUAUAUAUAUAUAUACAUAUAUAGGCUUGUUAUUAUUGGUUCCCAAAAUGAGACAUUUUAUAGAGAAUAAGGCACAGUUUAUAUGAUUAUUGUGUAUAUAUAUACACUUUGUAUAAAUUCCAAGCCA